GUCAGUUCCUUGAGACUGAAGUACGGCGCUUUCUCCGGUUCCGCGCCUGUCUGCACCUUUACUUUGCCGGCCUAGAUGUGAGGGACGCCCUUCGGUCGAGAGGAAACUCGCUCUGACGUAGAGAAACCGAAGAGGCGCGGUAAUUCUGCUGUUUUACUGAAACUGUGCGUACUCUUACAUUCCGAAAUAUUCGCGUUUGCUUACUGUAGGACGGACAGAAUAAACAGAGCUACGGUGAGCGACAGAAGAGAGUGUAAUAACCGGUGUGUAACCUGGCUUUAGGCAUGGCUGAUCUGCUGAGGCUGCUGCUCAGGGUGGCCGAGAAAGCGGCUAACGUGGCUCGUGUCUGCAGGCAGGAGGCUCCCCUCUUUCAGCUCCUGGUACAAGAGAAGACCGGAGAUGACAAGAACAAAAAGUUCGUCCAGGACUUCAAGACGCUUGCUGACGUGGUGAUCCAGGAGAUGAUCCGGCAUGACGUUGGUGUCAAGUUCCCUGAGAUGGCAGACUUCAUCAAUGGAGAGGAGUCCAACAAAUUUGAAAAUGGGCUUGGAGAGAGUGUGACGGUCACAGUGUGCGCUACAGAGGAGGAGACUGCUGCGCUGCUGGCCUCCGUGCUGGACGGCGACCACACAGCGGCCUCUCUGCUGGCUCGAGCCAUCCACCAGGAUCCGGCGAGCAUCGACGCUGACACAGAUGGUCUGAAGGUGCCCCUCAGCCCCUCCGAGCUUGGCAUCUGGAUCGACCCCAUAGACGCCACCAGCCAGUACAUAGAGGGCAGAGAGGAGGUGCUGGAGGAGGGCCGCCUGUUUCCUUCAGGUCUGCAUUGUGCUUUGGUCCUUAUCGGGGUUUAUCUUCGGAGCACAGGCGAGCCUGUUAUGGGCGUCAUCAACCAGCCAUUCAACUACAAAGACCCAGCCGGUGGUCGCUGGAAGGGGAAGCAUUUCUGGGGGGUGUCCUGUGGCAGCAUCAAUGUCUGCUCAGAGUCCCGGCCUAAAGCAGGACCUGCGGGGGGGCUGUCUGCGGUGCUGAGCUCCAGUGAGAAGCCGGUGGUAAAGGAAGCCCUGACCGCACUGUGCGGCCCUGACAAGCUGAUGUACGCCUCUGGAGCCGGAUACAAGAUCCUGUGUGUCAUUCAGGGCCUGGCUGACGUCUACGUCCUGUCAGAGGGAAGCACCUUUAAGUGGGACUCCUGCGCUCCUCACGCCCUUCUCCGGGCCCUCGGAGGGGGAGUGGUGGACCUCAAAACGUGUCUGCAGUCCGGCUCAGGCGCAGAGGCAGAACUGACCUACCACCAGCCUCACACUGAGUGCAAAGGAGCGGACCGCUGGGCCAACCAUGGCGGCCUGGUGGCUUAUCGAGACUGUUCCCAGCUCCGCAGUGUCAUCGCUCCUCUGAAAGGCAAGCUGUAGCUGAGCCAGCAUAGAUGUAACCAGCACAAGCUGAAGCAUAUAUGAUCAUAUUCUUAUUUUCUGUAUACGUAGAAAGAGAAGGAUAUGGAAAUAUUUUAAAUACAUAUUAUAUUGUCUCUUUUUAAAUUAGAUAUAUUUGCAAUACGGCUGCAAGUAUUUUCUUACGAUUAAUCUGCCAGUUAUUUUCUAGAUUAAUCAUUCGGUCUAUAAUUUGUCAGUGAAAAAGCUCCAUCCCAGUUCCCUUAAUGUCUUGUUCCGUCAGUCCAAAUCCCAAAGUUAUCCAGUUGAAUAUAAUAUAGAACAGUUAAUAGAGAAAGUAAGAUAUAUCUAUGUUCGAGAGGCUAAAAUGGCUUUCCUGACAUUUUUGCAUGAAAUAAGUGUUUCCAUCACAAGAUAAACAUUUGGUCUGGGCCAAAUAAUUGUUUCAAAUACUGUCUUGUCUAUGCUAAAGUUGUGGAAAUUCAAUAAGAAAACCACUGCUAAUCAAUCAAAUCCAAAACAAAUUCAAGACUCCUGUCUUGUUCUUGAGCUGAUUGUCAAUCCGUCAAGAAAGCCUUGUGUCUUUUUGAUUUAAAGGUCAAAGGGGGACUGACAGAAAAAGAUUUUCAUUGUGACAGAUGAGAAGGACUUGUUUUGUGAGACAAUGGGACAGACAGCAGACAGUUCAGACAAUCACAAGACUCUUUCAGGCAGUUUCACUCUUACCAAUAACAAGCUGUUGCUCUGUGACAAUCGUAUAUCUUGGCUUCCUCAUGCUAGCUACAACACUUUAAGCAUGUUUUGUUCAUUUAGUUUAGCUCACACCUUGUUGAACAUUUAUUAUAAUUAUGUGAGGUGUGUGUGAGGUGUGUGUGUGUGUAUAUAUAUAUAUAAAAACAGGUAAUCAUGUUAAAGCUAACAGUAGGAACAGUGCUCACUGCUGGACAGCUGAGGAACACUUCACUGCCAGAGGAUUGGAAAUGUGCCAUCACAAGAAGCCUCUGACUCAUCUGAAGGAAUUUUCUUGGAUUAAGGAGUUUAGAUUGCAGUUGUGAAAGUCAUAUCACAUUUUUUUCCAGCCCAUCUAGUCUUAAGGGUUAUAAGUCAACAGAAUCAAAUUGCACUGUUAACAGUAAUCUGCACCUCUGAAAGAACUCCUUUUAAGGAGCAGACGGUAACCUGCCCUCUUUCCAUGGUCAUAGCACCAUGAGUUAAUAAGGUUAGAGGAUGGAAUGUCCAUAUGAGGUGAAACAGUGACACAGAGUCCUUUUCGGGUAAGGAUUACAGUCAAAUCCACUCAAAUAUUAAAGGAUAAGAGGUUCAUAUAGUUCUCUUAAAGCAGAUUCUUAUCCAGAUGUUUUUAAUGAUCACUUGGUCACUUUGAUUGUCACUGUGUUUGUUUAAAAUGGUAUAACUUUGAUAUGCAUUGUUAAAUAACUGAGAAGCCAUGUGUGUAAAGGAACAGAACAACAUGUGCAUAAUAGGAAAUCCUCUUUUAUUUUGAAAACCAGAGAAAGCGGGGGAAAGAAACCCAACAGUGAUAUUUUCAAACUGUUUACCAGCCAGGGAACUCGCCUCAAAAUUCCCUACAAAAAACCCUGAUGAUUGUCAGACAUUUUUUGCAAUACUUCUGCAUAAUCUGUUAAAACUUGGAAAAGAAAAAAAAUCUGAACUGUU